CGUCCCGUGUAGUCCAGGGGCAAUUCGUACGAGGAGCAGCGCAGGAGGCGGGUCAAGGACAACAAGCGCAAGCUAGAUGAGCUGGGGCUGCACAACCUCUCCGCCGCCGUCCGCCAGGCCACCGCCGAGCCCAUGCCGACCAAGCUGGCGAAGCCGCGGAAUCCGGUGAUGGACGUCCCGACCCGGCGCUCUGGCCGCAUCGCCAACAUCGCAGAGCAGCCCGAUUACAACCCUGAAAAGGCACAACGCGUUCGUUAUCCAGCUCCAGAGUAUGCGACCAAGGAACAGAGAGCCUACGGGAUCGCCAAGGCCCAAGAGCUCAAGGACCAGCUGGGCUCUGACUACCCCGCCUUCAUCAAGCCCUUGUCCCACGGCUAUGCCGCCAAAUCAGACAGUCUGAAAAUCCCGAUGAACUUCAGGGAGCAUCUCCCGGUGCGUCAUGAGAUGAUGGUUUUGGUGGAUGAGAUGAAUAACGAGUUUCACCUGUUAUAUUCCUUCAAAAAGCACGGACCUGACCAAUACAACCAUAGGAUUAACCAGUGGAAAGGAUUUGCUGCUGACCACCAGCUGGCUGAUGGUGACUGCUUGGUGUUCCAGCUCAUAGAGAGCACAAAGUUCAAGGUUUAUAUAUUUAGAGCGAGUUCUUACAACAAAAAUGACCACUGAUGGUGUCAGCUUCCAGUAUUGCCAGCGGAGAAGGUGUAUGCGUAUGUUCAAUUGGGAUGGGCAGCUGAGAACUUGCCUGAGGGUGACGGCUCUCAAACCUAAGGAGAUGGACAUGAGCAUCUGUCAUUUUGAUCAAAGUGGUACCCGAAACGAAACGCCCGAUGCAUCAGUUGAUUGUUCUGUUAGGGAAAGCUAGCCUUAUGGUUGAUGUUGUUGGUUAACAAACUUGUUUGGUCAGUAGCUGUUUUAGUGCCAAUGUUUGUAGUUUACAUGUUUUCAUUUCCUUGAUU